AUGACUUUGGCGAUAAACAAAAAGAGAAAGUUCCGCGAUGCCAAUGGCGUAAAGGCCGCCAAUGGCAAAGCAAUCGAAGUGGCGGCGGCAGCGGCGACAACCACAGCAGUGCGGAGACCGAAGAAGCUGAAGCGAUCUGCCGAACCGGAACCAGAGCCGUCGGAAGACGAGUCGGAGUCAUUUGACAGCGAGGUGGAAAACGAACGAGAAGAAGACGAGGGAGUCUCGGAGGCAGGCGAGAACGAGGAACAGGAGGAGGAGGGCGGGGAAACGAAGGGACAAUCAUCAGGUGACGACGACGACCUGGAGGUGCCCAAUGGUGAGGCCCUGACGCUGCCGGCCGUCGGGGAGGAGGCUACGGAGUUUGCGCAGCUCAACCUGUCGGAGAAGACGAUGAAGGCGAUCCGGGGCAUGGGGUUCACCAAGAUGACGGAGAUUCAGCGGCGGGGCAUCCCGCCUCUGCUCACGGGCCGGGACGUUCUCGGUGCGGCCAAGACGGGGUCCGGAAAGACGUUGGCUUUCUUGAUCCCGGCUGUCGAGAUGCUCUGCUCUCUGCGGUUCAAGCCCAGGAACGGGACGGGAGUUAUUGUUGUGUCCCCCACGAGAGAACUCGCGCUCCAGAUCUUCGGCGUGGCGCGCGAACUCAUGGAACACCACUCCCAGACGUACGGCAUCGUCAUCGGCGGGGCCAACCGGCGCGCCGAGGCCGAGAAGCUGGGCAAGGGCGUCAACCUCCUGAUCGCGACGCCGGGCCGGCUGCUGGACCACCUGCAGAACACGCCGUUCGUGUUCAAGAACCUCCGGACGCUGAUCAUCGACGAGGCGGACCGGAUCCUGGAGAUCGGGUUCGAGGACGAGAUGCGGCAGAUCGUCAAGAUCCUGCCCGGGGGCGAGAACCGGCAGACGUCGCUCUUCUCGGCGACGCAGACCACCAAGGUCGAGGACCUCGCGCGCAUCUCGCUCCGGCCGGGCCCGCUGUACAUCAACGUCGACGAGCAAAAGACGCACAGCACGGUCGAGACGCUCGAGCAGGGCUACGUCGUCUGCGACGAGGAUAAGCGGUUCCUGCUCCUCUUCUCGUUCCUCAAGCGGAACCUCAAGAAGAAGGUCAUUGUGUUCUUCAGCAGCUGCAAUUCCGUCAAGUAUCAUGCCGAGCUGCUGAACUAUAUCGACCUGCCCGUGCUAAGUCUUCACGGCAAGAUGAAGCAGCAGGCUCGGACGAAUACCUUUUUCGAGUUUUGCAACGCAAAGCAAGGGACGCUCAUUUGCACCGACGUUGCCGCCCGUGGCUUGGAUAUCCCGGCUGUUGACUGGUCCGUAUCCUACGAUCCCCCAGAUGCGCCCACCGACUACAUCCACCGCGUCGGCCGAACAGCACGCGCCAACAACAAGGGCAAAUCGCUCCUCUUCCUGCACCCCAGCGAGGUCGGGUUCCUCUCCCACCUCAAGGCGGCGCGCGUGCCGGUGGUGGAGUUCGAGUUCCCGGCGAGCAAGGUGGCCAACAUCCAGCCGCUGCUGGAGAAGCUGAUCAGCCAGAACUACUACCUCAACAAGAGCGCCAAGGACGGCUACCGCAGCUACCUGCACGCCUACGCGUCGCACUCGCUGCGGUCCGUGUACGACAUCAACAAGCUCGACCUCGCCAAGCUGGCCAAGGCGUUCGGCUUCGCGGUGCCGCCGCGCGUCGACGUCUCCGUGGGCGCGAGCGGGCGGGAUCAUAAGAAGGUCCAGGGGCGGAGGGCGUACGGGAGCCAGCCGAGGCAGGGGGAUCGGUUUCGGCAGCAGAGGCGGUCGUGA